AUGAUCUACAUUGUUAUAACUAUCAUCUUUUGUAUGUUUGUAGCUAGCAAAAAUAAUGAUUACAGUUAAAUUAUAUAUUUUUGCACUUGUGAGAUAAUCUUGAAGGUGAUUAUUUUAGUUUGCUUAUUGUACCAAUAUUGUUAGUUUAUUGAAGCUGAGAAUAAAGCAGGACUCAUAAAUGAAUAAUCUCGACGAGAAAUUGAAGUUAAUUUAGUACUACAUUAAUCAACAUUCUAAUUUGUGAUCGCAUUUGCAAACUAAUCCCAAUAUUUAUGGAUUAAAAUCAUACUUUUUUAUUGUUCUCUUUGUCUAUUAAUGCUAAAUGUAUAAGUAGAUCAAAGUUCACUACCUAUUUGCUUGUGUCAUGAUUCUAUGGAAGAUCAAUAUAUAGAGUUUAAUUAUUCUGAGUUAAAAUGCCUUUUAGAGAAGGAUUGUAGAAUAGAAGACUUUGAAACCAGCUCAUUUCCAUAUUUAACGCAAUUAACUUUAAUGGAUUGGCCAAUCAUUGUUAUUUUGUUGAUUUUACUGUUCGCUAGAGUUUUAAUCAUGCCCUUAGCAUAUUGUAUUAAGAAACUCUAGAUUAUAGAAUACUAGUAUAGUUAUAAUAGUGCAUUUAAAUAAAGAACUCUCUCUUCUGGGUCAUUUAUUAGCGGAUCCAUAAUUUUUUCCAGUUUAGUAAAAUUAAUAGUUCUCAGUUUAUUAAUGAUACUUACUAAAAAUAGUUCUUGUUAUGUUUUAGUAGCAUCGAAUAUAUUCUAUCAUAUAUUGAUAGCCAUGGCGUUCAACUAGAUCAAAUACACCAUCAAUUUUGAAUAAGCACUUGAAGAAUAGUGCUACCAAAAUUCUUAAAUUCUUAUAGAUUCCAUCUUAUGGAUGAAUAAUUUAAAAAAUGCAUUUUUUCAAUUUGGAUUACUCUUAUGUUUAAUAUUCACUACAGUUGGCUAAUCAAGUUAUUAAAGAUCUGAUAAAAGUACAAAUAUAAUGAAUUAUGAUAUCUUCAUUGAAUUCGAUUGUGGAAUAUUUCAAUUCAUAAUGCUCACCAUUUUGAUUUAUAAAUAUAUCAUUUAUCAGAAAUGUAACAAAAGUAGGAUCUUAAUAUUCAACAAAUAUUAUCAUGGAAGCAACUAAGAACUAUCAACAAAUCAAUCCUCAUUUCAAAAUUAAUCAAUGUUAACUAAUAGCAGAAUACCAACUUAACCUAAUAACGCAACCAUAAUUCAUUAAUAAGGUAAUCUACUUAAAGAAUUAAAAUUUGCAUCUCAAGAGUUAUCAAUCUAUAAGGCUGUAAAACAUAUAACAACUGACAUAGACUGUUUAAUAUGCUUAGAAUAGUUGACAAACAAAUCAGCUAAUGUUGUGUCAUUAAAAUGUCAUCAUCUUCAUAUGUUUCACAUGGAAUGUAUUAAAUAAUGGUUUCAACGUCAUACAACAUGCCCAACUUGUAAACAUGAGUUUUUUAUUAAUUGA